AUGAAUGUGGAAUUUCUCAACUUUAGCUGCCAUGCUCCACCACCUUUGGUCAAGCAUUACAACUGUGAAUUUCAUGAGCUGUCUACGAGUCGUUAUGUUUUCAACAUUGAUUUCGAAUUAAGUCGCAAAUUACCCGAACACGCCAUGAUCGCCAUUAUGGUACAUUUCAAAGCUCGCGACAGCCAGCGAGUGGUGAAAUUUAUCGAUUUAAAGUUGAAGAUCUGUGAUGUGCUGGGCAACAUCAAUACCCUGCCGGUGGUCAAGAAGGUGUUGGAUAGUUUAAUGCAGAAUAGUAAUUUGCCAAUGUCGUGUCCCAUCAAGGGGAAUUUUCCAUAUCGCAUAACAAAUUUGACGAUAAGCGACGAGAAUAUGAUCAAAUAUAUUCCAGCAAUGCAUUUCAAUAUAACCUUGAUAUUCUCCGAUAGACAGAAACAAUUGGGCAAGGUUCUGGCACAGGGUUUGACAGAGGCAAGGGGAUGA